AUGGAGGCGAUGUCUUGGUCCGACUAUCGUUUCUUGACAACUGACCUGGGUCGUGAAGUUGUCCAGGCAGCACCAGUUCCCUAUGCAAAGAACAUGGGCCUGCCGGGUGCUGUGGACGGGACGCUGUCGGAGAUGUUAGCCUCGCCACAGGUGUGGCGGAGUGAGGAGCCAGAUUCAAACGAGCCACAGACUCCCCCGCUGUAUGUGUUCGAUGCAAGUGUCCUCCGGCGCCGGAGGGAUCUGGUGAAGGCCUCUGCGCCUCUGCGACAGAGCUUCAUGGAGAAGCAUUGCUCUCACGUGCGUGUGCCGCAACUGGGAGUUGGCUUCCGUGGAGCCGGAGCCCCGAUGCACACUCACCAUGCGGCCGUGAACGCCUCCUAUGCAGGAAGAAAGCGGUGGUUCCUGAUUCCACCCGAAGCCGCUUCCUGGUCCUUGGAUCCUGCGGGCACCUGGGAGCAGACCGCAGAGUUCCGGGAGCUCCGCAAUGAAGGGAAGCUCUUCGAAGUUGUGCAGGAGUGUGGAGACAUUCUGUUCGUGCCAGAGGGCUGGGGCCAUGCCACAAUCCUUGACAGCUAUGCAGUCGGUGUGGCGCAGGAGUUCGUGCCCUGGGCCAGCAUCAACGGCUGA